CUUUCAACAUAAAAGAUCGCUUCGUAGUUAUUCUAAAAUCAGUUGCAGCUGAAACGUCGCUUAUCUUGCGUCAACUAUUCGUCUCUCUAAUUGCGGAUGUGUAAAAAAUAUAGUUUUUAAAAUAAAACAAAAGAAAUUACAAGAAUAUUUCCAAAAUGAUCAAAAUGCAUUCGGUCUUGCUUUGUGUCACCCUACUGACGAUCUCAUGCAGCGCUCAAUUUUAUUUCCAUCAAUCAGUGCCGCUACCUUAUCAACAACCUCAAUAUCUACAAUAUACUACUUCACCACCAGAUUUCAAACCAAUAUCCGAGCCCAAUCAGGAGGGACCACCGCAUCCUUCGGUUGUAGCCAAUGCCGAGCGCGAGUCACAUUUGCCACCCGAAUUGUCGAAGAGCCGACGCUUUUAUAGCAAUCCCCACAUAGCCGCGGCACUUGCCAAAGAAUCACUACUGACACCUAAAGAGAUGGCAGUGAUCGAUAGAGAAGCGGAAAAAAUCGAUCGCAGUCAGAUUUAUAAAAUCUUCCACAAUGCCGGUUGGGCGUGAGGAAGAGAAGUUGUAAAUUAAAUAACGUUUCGCUGAGUUUGGAACGAAUUGCAUUGUUCCAGUGUCCUGUUCUUGUUGUUAAUUUCUUGCCAAUUACUCUCAUUCAAUUAAGUUUAGUAUGCUCAAAUGUGGCUAUAAGUUGUUGAAAAAAAUAUUUAUUGUUGUUAGUAUUAAGACAUUACGGUAUAUAU